UGAAAGGAUGUCCACACCGCCAGCUCCUCUGCCCUUGGGCGGGGACUAGUGGUAACCAUGGAGACGUAGGAGCUGGAAGGCGUACAGAUGUGCCCUUAUACCCGGUGACGUGUAGAGGGACCCCUGGUCCCUGAGCGCUUUCACCCACCAUGUGUCUCCUCCUGGGGGCCCCUGGGGUCGGGAAGACCUUGCUAAUGAAGAGGCUUCAAAAGCUGAGCUCUAAAGAUUCAGAAGACAUGAUGGACGUGCCACCCACCCAGCCCACGGUUGGCACUAACCUGACCGACCUCGCUGUCCACCGGACGAGGGUCACCGUGCGAGAGGUCGGUGGGUCGAUGGGACCGAUCUGGCACAGUUAUUACAGGGACUGCAAACGUGUGAUGUUCGUAGUCGAUGCUUCUAACCCAGUCCAGGUGUCUGCAUCCUGUAUCCAGCUCCUGUCUGUGCUUUCAUCUGAUCUUCUGGCCUCCGCGUCGGCGCUCGUCAUGUUCAAUAAGAUGGACCUGCCGAGCUGUAUGCCGCUCGUAGAACUUAAAUCAUUGUUCAGAAUGGAUGACAUCAUUUCCUGUGCCAAGCAACCAAUCACAGUUCUGGAAAUAAGUGCCCGCGAUGGCACUGGAUUGCAAGACAUUCUACGGUGGCUGCAGUCCUCACGUGACCCAAAGACUUAAAAAAAACGUAAAUCUGAGCUUAAAAAAAUUAAUUUGCACUGAAAAAUGUAUUUGUCUGAUAAACGUUGGUCUGUGAUCAAUAAAAGCAGUGAAGAAACAA